AUGCACGAGGCGAAACAUGGGUUCCUUGGAAUGUUGGGGAGCCUAGACUGCAUGCACUGGACUUGGAAGAAUUAUCCGGUGGCUUGGCAUGGUGCUUACACUCGAAGGGAUCACGGCAAGCCCACAAUUAUACUUGAGACCGUUGUUUCCCAAGAUCCGUGGAUCUGGCACGCCUUCUUCAGAGUCGCUGGCUCAAACAACAACAUCAAUGUUCUCAACCAGUUGACGUUGUUCAACGACGUCAUUUCGGGCAAUGAAGCAGCAAUGCACUUCGUCGCCAACAACUCCCACCACACUAGAGGCUACUACUUAACGGAUGGCAUCUACCCGGAGUGGCCGGUAUUCGUGAAAAACUUCACUUUUUCAAGUGACUCGAAGAAGCAGAGGUUUAAAGUGAUGCAAGAAGCUGCAAGAAAAGAUGUGGAACGAGCUUUUGAUGUUCUUCAAGCUCGUUGA